AUGGAUUUUCCCGGCGGUAAGGUCCCCUUCACGGAAGACCUCGCCUGGUUGGGGCCGGGCUUCACCCCGCGCCCCACCAUUCCCUGCUACCGAGCGCUAGACAGCCAGGGGGCCCCCCUCCCGGGCACCAGCCUGCCCCACGACAUCGACCAGGCCCUGGCCACGCGCAUGUACGAGACCAUGAUCUCACUCCAGGCCGUGGACACCAUCUUCUAUGAGGCCCAGCGGCAGGGGCGCUUCUCAUUCUACAUGACGAGCACGGGGGAGGAGUCGACCGCCGUCGCGUCUGCGGCCGCGCUGAACCCCGACGACGUCGUCUUCACGCAGUACCGCGAGCAGGGCGUGCUGAUGUGGCGCGGGUACACCCCGCUGGACAUGGCCAAUCAGUGCUACGGCAACGCGCUUGACUCGGGGAAGGGCCGCCAGAUGCCUGUGCACUACGGGUCCAAGGCCCUAAACUUCCACACCAUCUCCUCGCCCCUGGCCACGCAGCUGCCGCAGGCCGUCGGCGCGGCCUACGCCCUCAAGCUGGAGGGCAAGGCCGCGGUCGCGGCCUGCUACUUUGGCGAGGGCGCGGCGAGCGAGGGCGACUUCCACGCCGCACUCAACUUUUCGGCCACGCUGUCGGCGCCGGUGGUGUUCAUCUGCCGCAACAACGGCUGGGCCAUCUCCACCCCGGCCAGCGAGCAGUACCGCGGCGACGGCAUCGCCGGUCGCGGCCCCUCCUACGGCGUACCCUCCCUGCGUGUCGACGGCGGCGACGCCGUGGCAGUCUACAACGCCGUGGCCGAGGCGCGGCGUGUGGCGCUGGAGCGCCGCGGCCCCGUCCUCCUGGAGGCCAUGAGCUACCGCAGCGGGCACCACUCCACCAGCGACGACAGCAGCCGCUACCGCGCGGCGGAGGAGAUGGCGGCCUGGCGCGCGCGCGACCCCGUCGCGCGCUUCGAGCGCUGGAUGGCCGUGCGCGGGUGGUGGGACGAAGCGCGAGGCGUGGGCGCGCGAAAGGCGGCGCGGCGCGAGGCCAUCGCCGCGCUGGCGGCUGCUGCCAAGCAGCCGCGGCCACCGCUGUCGGAGAUGUUCAGCGACGUGUACGACGAGCCGCCGCCCCACCUCGUGGCGCAGCGGGCAGAGGUGGAGGCUUUCGUGAGGGCGCACCCGGAGACCCUGCCCGCCGGCAUGCCCCUGGAGUGA